ACACUAGCGCACCACCGAAGCGCCCGAUGGCGUCGCCUCGCGUUUGUUUCAAGAAAAUAAGUAGUUUUAAUAUAAAUUCGCCUAAUAAUCUAAGUUAGUUGUUAAUAAUUAGUAUGAUAAACAUAAUUUCUGUGAAAAUAAGUUAGUUAUACGUAAAAAUGGAUGCAAAAACUUCGGAAUGGCGAGCCGGGCCAAAUGUUUGUCGUUGUUGUUUAACCGAGGGGUGCUACAAGGACAUUUCCACCGAAUAUUUUUGGAUGGGAAAGCGUGAGGUUUACGCUGAAAUGCUGGCGGACACCUUAAACGUUUCAAUAUCAUACUCCCAAUCCGGCGGGCCGAACAGCAACAGUCGUCUCAUCUGUGAACUCUGCAUAUCCCGGUUACGAGAUGCCUCUGACUUCAAGCGUCAGGUGCUGGAGUGCGAGAAGUCGUUCACGCAACACCUGGACGCUGGCGCUUCUAAUAUUUUGGAACUUGAUGUAACGGUGGAACCAGCAGACUCGGAUGUGAAGUUGGAACAUGUGAAGCAAGAGAAACAGCUCAGUGAUGAUGACGAUGACUUUGACGACCGAUGUGGCUUUGACGAUGAUGAUGAUGAUGACCUUGACGAUCAACCCCUCACGAAAUUAGCGACUAAAAUACCCAAAAAGGAGACGGUAGACAUACUAGAUCUCCUAGACAACUCAAAGGCUACCGAAAAACGGAAAUCUUCUACCAAAACCAAGGCAGUUCCCGCUAAAAAGACCAAAUCUGUGAAGAAGGAACCAGUUAAAGCCGGAGCUAGUAAAGUUGUGGCUAAAACCGAUAAGAAGAAGAAAGGGUCCACAAAGGAUACUGACGGACCUAGUCAGAACGAAAUUAAACCAAAACAGAGAUUGUUCGAACGAUCUGUCGGUCAGAACCCGCAAAGACAAAAUGCUGUGCUUGUACUAAAGCAUUCGACAGCGUUCCCCUUUAAGACCCGUUUUAAUAGGAUUGUCUGCUCUUACUGCCAUGACGAGUUCGAACCGAUGGCAGCUUUGAGAGACCACAUGAAAACCGCACAUUCCAACGCUGACUACAACAGCGCUUUCUAUAAAGUCUAUGACGCCCUAAAAGUUGAAAUUACAGACUUAAAAUGCACCGUUUGUACCCAAGAGAUUCCUGAUAUAGACAGCUUUAUGAACCAUAUUUCUCGAGAUCACAAAAUCAAAGUUAACUUUGAUGUACCUUUUGGAGUACUUCCUUAUAGACAAGGGCCCUCAGGGAGAUGGACUUGUCUAGAAUGUGAUAAAACUUUUCCAAAAUUCUCUCAAAUCAACGGCCAUUUACGAACGCACAUGAAGAUAUUUACUUGCGAAAAGUGCGGAGCUACGUUCUUAUCAGACCACGGUUUGAGACAACACGAACGAAAUUUUAAGUGCUACAAGUCUUCCUAUAACCCUCGUUUUGGAAAAGCUUUAAAAUACAAAAGCAAUACCGAGAUUAUUCUCGAAUGUUCUACUGCCUGUCCUUUUAGGACUUGGGGCCAGAAUUUCAAUUGCGUUUUUUGCCGGGUACAAUCAAAUGAUCCUAUAGGAUUGAGAGCUCAUAUGGCGUCCCGUCACGCAAAUUUCGAUAUACAACUGGUCUUUAGCAGAAAAAUACGAAAGGAGUUUUUGAAGGUUGAUAUAACAGACUUGCAAUGCAAACUUUGUUUCAUACCCAUCGAUACUUUAGAUGACCUGAUGUCACAUUUGAAGAAUGAUCACAAACAGCCCUUGAACGCUGAUGUUCAACCAGGAGUAUUGCCGUUUAAGCUAAACGAUGGUAGUAACUGGAAAUGCGCGAUAUGCAAGAUCCAAUUUUCAGAUUUCAUAUCUCUAAAGAAGCAUACGGCUGAACACUAUCAGAAUUACGUCUGCGAUACUUGCGGAGAAGGUUUUAUAACCGAAUCUGCAUUGAAAGCGCAUACAAAAAUUCCUCAUGACAACAAAUACACGUGCAGUCGUUGUGUAGCUACAUUCACUACUUUAGAAGAGAGAAACAUUCAUAUCAAAACUCAACACACAACCCUACCUUACAUGUGUGUUUAUUGCAAAGAAAAACCGAGAUUUGCAACCUGGGAACUGAGAAAACGACAUUUAAUGGAGGUCCACAAUUACAAGCCGGGUGCAGAAAUGUAUGAAUGUACUACGUGCCAUAUGACUUUCAAAACUCGGUCGCAGAAAUACCAUCAUAAUGUUAAAACCCAUAGGACGAAAAAGGAAACUGAAUAUAGCUUUCCUUGUGGUAGUUGUUCUAGAGCGUUCGCUUCUAAGCUGUCUUUGGACAAGCAUAUCGCUAAAAAGCACUUCCAUGUAUGAUAUCCUCUUCCGUUAGCAUUCUACGUGAAUAGUCUUGACUGAUUUUUAAAUGGUUGUAUUUUUUUGAUGCAAUAUCAUAAGUUUAGAUAUAGCUAAUAUACUUAUUUUGAAAGAAUCUCAAUCGUGAAUCAUAAGAUUUUUUUUAUAUAUUUUUCAGAGUUAAAGAUAUAUCCAGUUAUUUGCAAAUCCCAGUCAGUAAAAAUUAUAGCGAGAUCGCCCCAAAAGAUACUCAUUUGGAGAAUUAGAAAUCAGUUUAACAGCCAUGAGAGUCUGUUUCAUUUCAAAAUUUCCGUGCCACUCUGAAGUCCAAAUCCACUUAAUGCCUCACGCAUACGCAGUUUUCAGAGAGGCAGCGUUAUUUGACAACGACGACGUUUCCCGUCGGAAUUGUAUUGCAAUUAAUUGCAAAUGAAAGUAAGAUAAUUUUAUAGGGCCUUGAGAAAUGAAUGCAUCAUUUGAUGCAUUUAAUAUAACAAUAGAUGGCGUUGAAAACCAUUUUUGACGCCUGCAAUUAGGAUCUCGUAACAAAAAUUUACUUAUACGUAAUGGUGAGUUCCAUCACUGAACUAUAACAAUUACCGAACCAUUUUCAGUAGUCAAAUCGCCGAGGUGACCAAAGGGCGGCAAGUAUACGGCUGGUUAUGGUUUGGUUAUCGUUAUAGUUGAAUGGUGCAAGGUCGUGGGUCUAAGUGAUUGAUGAAAUGCUCUCUAAAAUGCAAUAAAUCUAUAUUAUAGCUCAAAAUUAAAUGUUGUAGGAAUAUGCUGAAAAUUACUCGCUAGAUAAAACUGUUUGUCUUUAUACAUCUUAUCGGUUUACUUUUUAACUUAUGAAAAAAAACUAUUUUUUUUAUGUACUUGUUUGAUUUUGUAGGCUAUUUUGAGAGUAGCAAUAUUUGAAUAUUGUUUAAUUCCUUAUCUUGCCUUCCAAAUACCUACUUCCAAUAGAAUAUAGUGAACAUGUUUGUUCUUUAUCAAAAAAUAAAUUGGGCCGGUGCAUAUCUUCUUCCAUAACUUAAAAUUAUCUUGGUUGUCCAAAGGUUCCCAGUGAUAUUUAAAACUAUGAUGUAUUUCAAUCCGUUGUACAAUAAGUACAUGAAUACUAUUGGAUAUUUUCAGCAAAUUUCUGAAAAGAAAUGUAUUCUAGAUAUUACGUAGCGAGUACGUAUGUAAUUUAUUAUUUAGAAUAAAUAUUAUUAUGAAGUACAUAUAAUAUUAAGGCGUAAGUCCAAUAAAGAGAUUAUAGUUUA